CUCUGAAAUUAAUUGCGGCCGGGGCGCUCCGUAUAGCCGGCUCCUCUCCGACCCGCGGCGCGUCCUCCCCCCUACACCGGUUUACCGGGGGAACCGGCACCAUGAAGUAGCUUUUUUUUUUUUUUUUUUUUUUUUUUUGUAUGUAUGCGUGUGCGCGCGGUGUUGGGGUUUUUUGUUGUUGUUGUUUGGUUUUUAGAGGGCUCUUUUACUCCUUUUUCCUCCUCUUUUUUCCCCUUCGUUCCGGCUCUCUCCGCUCGGUGACCGCUGCCGCCGUCCCCCGCCCGUGCUACAUGCCGUGCCAGCGCCCGACGCUGCGUUCCCGCCGCGCCGCCGCCGCCGCCGGUGGUGCCGCCGCCCGCCCGGCCCCCGCCCGCCCGGCCCCGGCCGCCGCCAGCCGCCCCCUCGGCGCAGCGUGUGAUGUUGGACAUGGGAGAUAGGAAGGAAGUGAAAAUGCUGCCCAAGUCCUCCUUCAGCAUCAACAGCCUGGUGCCCGAAGCCGUGCAGAGCGACAACCACAGCGGCCACAGCCACCACAACAGCCACCAUCCGCACCACCACCACCACCACCACCACCACCACCCGCCGCCGCCGCAACAGCCCCAGCGCGCCGCCGCGGCCGAAGAAGAGGACGAGGAGAAGGCGCCGUUGCUGCUGCCGCCGCCCGCCGCCGGCGCCCUGGAGGCGGCUAAGGCCGAGGCGCUGGCGGGGAAGGGCGAGGCGGGCGCGGCGGCGGCGGAGCUGGAGGAGAAGGAGAAGGCGGCCGAGGAGAAGAAGGGGGCGGCCGAGGGGGGCAAGGACGGGGAGAGCGGCAAGGAGGGCGAAAAGAAGAACGGCAAGUACGAGAAGCCGCCGUUCAGCUACAACGCGCUCAUCAUGAUGGCCAUCCGGCAGAGCCCCGAGAAGCGCCUGACGCUCAACGGCAUCUACGAGUUCAUCAUGAAGAACUUCCCAUACUACCGGGAGAACAAGCAGGGCUGGCAGAACUCCAUCCGCCACAACCUCUCUCUCAAUAAGUGCUUCGUCAAGGUGCCCCGCCACUACGACGACCCGGGCAAAGGGAACUACUGGAUGCUGGACCCGUCCAGCGACGACGUCUUCAUCGGGGGCACCACGGGCAAACUGCGCCGGCGCUCCACCACUUCGCGGGCCAAGCUGGCCUUCAAGCGCGGCGCCCGCCUCACCUCCACCGGCCUCACCUUCAUGGACCGGGCGGGGUCCCUCUACUGGCCCAUGUCCCCCUUUCUGUCCCUGCACCACCCGCGGGCCAGCAGCACGCUGAGCUACAACGGGACGGCGUCCGCCUACCCCAGCCACCCCAUGCCCUACAGCUCGGUGUUGACUCAGAACUCCUUGGGGAACAAUCACUCCUUUUCCACGUCCAACGGGUUGAGCGUCGAUAGACUCGUCAACGGGGAGAUCCCCUACGCCACUCACCACCUCACGGCCGCCGCCCUGGCCGCCUCGGUGCCGUGCGGCUUGUCGGUCCCCUGCUCCGGCACCUACUCCCUAAACCCCUGCUCCGUGAACCUCCUGGCGGGACAGACGAGUUACUUUUUCCCCCACGUCCCUCACCCCUCAAUGACUUCUCAGAGCAGCACUUCGAUGACGGCCAGGGCCGCCUCUUCGUCCACAUCGCCGCAGGCACCCUCCACCCUGCCCUGCGAGUCCCUAAGACCCUCUUUGCCGAGUUUCACGACGGGACUCUCCGGAGGACUCUCCGAUUAUUUCACACAUCAAAAUCAGGGGUCUUCUUCCAACCCUUUAAUACAUUAACGUCCAUGGGAUCAGACUGUAAGUGAACAUUUUACACACGUUCGCGUUGUAAAUGAUGAUUGAAAAGAGAAAAAAAAAGAAAAAGGAAAAAAAAAAAGAAAAACAAAAAAGCCC